GCAGGUUCACGCUUUGACAACCGCGGCCCAUCAAUUCAUCGCUUGCAGAUGCGCGUGACGACUAAGCUCACCACUCUUGGAGCACAUACUGAGCAGACAAGCCGAGCUUGAGCCCAGCCACAAAACAGACAUCUCCAGCUCCUGUCUUCUCGCUGUUGGAUCUUGGCGUUGGCAUAGGUCGGGAUGGCGCCGACACCUAAGAAGCUCUCCAAGCGAGAGCAGCAGCAGUCUCCUGCCGCCCCGCCUCGGGCGCCAUCACCAGCCCGGACCGAGGCCAAGCCAAGGUCAAAACCUCCGCCGGCCAAGAAGCAGAUAGAGGUGAUAGAGCUCUCGUCAGACUCCUCCGACUGUUCGGACCUGAGCGGCGACGAGAGCGACGCGCCCGUGGCUACCCCCGCGCGGCCGGCUGCUGCUGCGACGACGACGCCAGGGAGCAGCGGCUCGAAGCGCAGCUCUGCCCAGGCGGGCAACGACGCCGGCGACGAAGAUGGCCCGUCGCCGUCCUCGCCGGCUGGCGACAGCCCCACUUCCAAGCGGCAGCGCAAGCUCGCUGUCAGGGUUAAGGAGCCCACCCAGCCCGGCGAUGCUGCUGCUACCCCGAUCGCCUCCAGCAGAAAGAGCCCGGGCGGCAGGGGCAGUCUCGUCAAAAAGACGCCCUCGACGCACGUCCGCUUCGGCGACGACGAGGACGACGACAGCAAGGAGCAGUUCUACACCCCCCUCGAGGUCCCCGCCAGGAACCCCCUGGACGCCGCCGGUGCUGCUGCCGCUUCCCCCAGAAAACAGGAAGAGCAGAGGCGACAGGAGGGUGGCGGCGCGGAGGACGGCGAGUCAGAAGAGGAAGAUGAUGAGGAUGACGAGGACGACGAUGACGCUCCCCCCGAGGCGGUCUCAUCGCACGCCGCUGCGCUGGAGAACAAGAAGCUUGACCAGAUCGCAGCCAAAGCCGCAGAGAUGCAAGCAGCUGCUCAGAGGCAAAAACGUCAGCGGCGGGACGUGCUCCUCAAGGCCCAGGCCCAAAAGCGCGUAGAGGGCGAGGCGGAGCAAAAAGCAGCAGCAGAAGCAGCGGCGGCAACGGUGGCCACCACCGAGGAGCAGGCGAGUCCCUCCCGCAAGGAAAAGAGCCGAGUGCCCGAUCUCCUCCCCGCCGAGUUCCUCGAGUCAGACGACUCGGACUCGGACGACGACGGGGACGCGGCGGCGGGCCCGGGCCGGAAGCGGAGGAGGGCGGCGGCGGCGGCGGGGAGGCCCAAGAAGAUCAAGUUCGAGACGGCCGAGCGCGCGGCGGCGCGCGACGAGGGCCGCGGCCCCGCGGACCAGCGCGUCGGCGGCACCGUCUACAGGGUGCUCAAGAGGCGCGGCGACGACGGGCUCGCGCCCAAGAGGAGCAAGUACGCGGCCCACCAGAAGAGCGCCCUGUUGGCCAGGGGCCGCGUCCCGGUGCGCAGGAGUGGCGGGUUUCUUUUGAAGAAGUAGAUGGGGGGUGGGGUUUGGUUUCUUGCAUGGUGGCUUUGCAGGCUCACUGCUGUGGAUACGAGCAAACACAUGUUGCGGGUGAACGCAUUGUCCGGGCGAGGAAUUGGCAGUAUCCAAACAGUUGAAUAAAGCGCAGCCCAGCUUCAAGAGCCAUAAUCAUGAUCACGGGAGAAUACAACCGGCAGCACCCAUGCUCAUCUGGAACUCAUUCGCUAUUCCCCGUCGCAACCUUGAGACCCGAGUUUUUCUCCACCUCGUCUGUUUUACAGCCGUACCUAUCCUCCUCCUUCCUGCCGUAUUUUUGUCAGCCGACCUCUGGUCCAGGGCCCACGAGCUUUGCUACUGGGUGCUGAGAAUAGAGAUGGAGAAUAUGUGAGAGAAGAACCACGCGUGCAUCAGGAUUGGCUAGGAGAGGAACAAGAGAGACAGAGAGAGAAAAAAAGCAGAGAAAACAGAACCCCAUUUUUUUUGGAGCUUCCCACCCACCCGAAAAUGUCAUUUGCAGUCGUCACAGGUGCCUGUCCAACUCGUCAUACCGGACAAGUCGGGCGAGAGAAGAAAAAGGGGAGAGGAGGGGAGGAAGAGGGCAGCGGGGAGCAUAACAACAAACAGGAAAGAAUUCAGGACCGAGUACUUCCAAUUUAUGACGUGGGUUUUUGUUCCGCCCUCCUUCUCUGGGGGAACUCCAGAUCCAUCCCAAACGUUGUGUCCGAGUAGAGAGGAAGAGUAAUCAAAUCGUACAAACAAAACAUCUGACCGGUUUCCCACCUCCCUUGACGAGUAA